AUGGCGGAAAACACUCAUGGUAGUGGUCGACGCGCGCUUGGGGACUUGACAAAUGUCCUUUGCAAGCGACCAGCCACAUCAGAUCUGGAGAAGAGUACGGGUGGGAUAAAGAUCAGACGGAUUGAAAAGGACACUGCGACUGGGAAAGGGUUUGAUGAAAAUGCAAAAACCAGCAGUAGAGGGAAGGGAAUUGUAUUUGGGCAUUUGUUUGAUGGUGUUGCCAAAGAGAAUUUCGAAAGGCCUUCUAUCUUUCAGAACACUAGGGUUCAACACAUGGCUGCUGAAGCAGCUGGGCUGUUAUCCAAGGAGGCCAGUGACUUGAAGAACCAUUAUGCAUCAAUCGAUUCAUUUGAUCUCAGUGAUAAGGAGCAGGAUUCUUCGCUGGAAUCUGAAGGUGACUAUGAUGAUGAAGAUAAUGAUGAGAUGAAUGGUGAACUGCCACGCCAUUUUUGCAGCUCAGAGCUAGCUAAUAAAACAUCAACAAAUGACGGCGAGUGCUUGACUCAGGAGGAGAUAGUUGGGUCAUCAGGAAAUCAGAAGCCUCUGUCUUCAUUGGAUGCUACGGCAGGUGGUGACAUGCCAAGUUCUAGUGUUCAGCAUGCUUCUAUGAGAACUGGGGGUUUGGAAGAAGCUGUCGCCACAAAAUCUUGUGCUUGUUCUUUCUGUCUUAAGGCUGCUUUUAUGUGGAUGGAUCUCCAUUAUCAGGAUGCAAGAAGCCGGCUUUCUGUAUUGAAGAAAAACAUCAAGUUUGCCAGGUUGUUGGAGGAAAAAAGUAGAGGAGGUGAAUAUGCUGCCAAUGUAGCCGGAUAUAACUCAAAGCGAGCUGUGGGAAUGGAGUUCGAACUAUCUCAACAACAGAGAUCACUCUUUCUUUAUACAGAAAAUGCCCUUGUCCGCGAGUCAACACAGCUUUUGCCAUCAAUAUGCACCUGUGAUUAUAGCGCAAAAUAA